UUCCACCAGCCGCUCGCACACCGCUCUUCGUCCCCGUUUAACACCAUGGCUUCUCUCGUCGCGGCUUUCGACGGCAAGAAGUACCUCAUCGGCGGCAACUGGAAGUGCAACGGCACCAAGGCGUCGACCGCGGCGCUCGUCAAGACGCUCAACGAGGCGGGCCCCAUCCCCGCGUGGGUCGAGGUCGUCGUCGGCGUGCCGAGCGUGCACAUCGGCUCCGUGCUCGCGACGCUCCGCCAGGACAUCGCCGUCGCCGCCCAGGACUGCAGCGCCACGGGCGACGGCGCCUACACGGGCGAGCUGAGCGCGGGCAUGCUCGCGGAUUUCGGCGUCAAGUGGGUCAUCGUCGGCCACAGCGAGCGGCGGACGAACCAGAAGGAGUCGUCGGCCCUCGUCGCGACGAAGACCAAGGCGGCCCUCGACGCGGGCCUCUCCGUCAUGGUCUGCGUCGGCGAGACUUUGGAGGAGCGCGAGGCGGGCAAGAUCGACGCCGUCGUCCUCGACGACCACAUGGGCGCGCUCAAGGGCAAGUUCUCCGACGCGGAGUGGGCGAAGAUCGCCAUCGCCUACGAGCCCGUCUGGGCCAUCGGCACGGGCAAGACGGCGACGCCGGACCAGGCCCAGGAGGUCCACGCGUCCAUCCGCAAGUGGCUCGCCGCGAACGUCAACGAGGCCGUCGCCAAGGCCACGCGCAUCCAGUACGGCGGCUCCAUGAAGGGCGCCAACGCCGAGGGCCUCCUCAAGCAGCCCGACAUCGACGGCGGCCUCAUCGGCGGCGCGUCGCUCAAGGCCGAGUUCAUCACGGGCAUCGCCGCCGUCGCCGCGAAGCCCGAGUAGGCGCGCCCCGACCCCGCCCCCCGGCGCGCCGCAUGCGCGCAAGUCCCCGCUGUUCCCCUUCUCAGUUGACAGACGCCCCUAACCUCCAUGUCUCCCG